AUGAGUUCAGUUCCCAUCGACGUUCCAGGACGUGGGGAGGAGGUCGUCGAGCCUGCAUCUGUGCAGGCCGCGAUCCUCCUCCCAGGCUCGCCGCCCCGUCGCCCAGAACUGGCAGCUAGCCAGAUCCCACUGGCUGGGGCAGCUGAUUCCGACGAGGGUUCAGACGUCUCCUCCGACGGCUCUAACAAGAGCGUCGAUGUCGAGGGCAGUGAGCGUAUCUUCGACAUGGAAUUGGACGAGACAAACGCCAACCAGCCUGGUCCUUCGGCUGGGGCGUCCGCACCUUCAAUGUCUCGUCUGGCCGCUCGCCUCGCCGUUGCCCACCCAAACAGCAGCGACGUCAGUUCGCUAGACAUCGGGCCUAGCAUGACCAGCAAUGAUGAUGACUCCCAGAAGCGUGGGCGACAACCUCGCCUCAACCGACGCAACUCUGCCGCGAAGGUUCUGCCGACCUCUUGUCCUGUCUCUCUUACGGACAUCAGCACCACCACCCGCCAGCAUGAUCCGUGCCCGAGGGACCAGCAAGCGGACGCAACUGGGAACGACAAGGAGAACGAGCAGUAUGAUUAUCGCAACUUCUCGUCGAGCUCUGAGGAAGACGAAGAGGAAAUCCUUUUCAUGAAAGGCCCCAAGAAGAGCGGUUAG